GUGUCUGAGUAGUGUGGAGUGUAUGGAGCUUCUUCUACUCCAGCGUCGUGAAAAGGCCUUCUCUCUCUCUGUGUCUUUUCUGUCCCUCGCAUUCGCGUGAGAAGCCCUGUUUUUUGCAUUUCUGUGAUGUCUUCGUAGGUGAAUUCUAGUGUGCCGAUCGGUGGUAGGUUUAUUUUUCCCUUUUUUUGAAGUCUCUGGUGUUGGUGUUUUAGAGAGAACGUGGGUUGAGGCUUGAAUUCGAGCGGCGUUUGGUCAUACCUCAGCCUGCGGUUGUUAUUGGGUGUCGGAGGUAGCAUUAGUAUUACAUUCUUCAUUCUUAGAAAUGGCAAUAGUUCUCUUUAGCAGUUCUGGCGAUUAGGGGUAGAAGCAUGUUCAUAAUUUUUCAAAACGUUGAUUCUUUUCAUAGCCUUUGUUGUGAAGGUCUUGGGUUUGAGCUUCAUCGUUUUUGGUAUCUUUUGUUUGUGAAUUCUGAAAAAAUUCAUUGUUGCAAGCGCCUUACAACAUCUGUAGCGGGGAAGCGAAGUCAAUUUUGGGAGUGGCAGCUAAGUUAUCCCUCAAAGAUUAACGAGAGGUUUCAAUAUUCGGCAUGAUAACCAUCCCGAUUUGUCGAAGCACAUUCCAAGGUGAGGCUAUGAUGUCGUCUUCACCGAAGAGCUUGGGUGCUGUGAGUUCGUGCCCCAGCCCCAGCCCCAGACGAAAAUCACCCCAUGGUGUGGUGACGAUGGUCUUUUCCAGUGCUUCUGUCAAGGAUCCUCAAACCACCCUAGGAAUCGAGCCUUGUGCGAGUAAACAUGAAAUCAAGAAAGUAUACAGGCGACUUGCACUUCAGUUCCACCCCGAUGUCUGCGAUGGCAACCAUUGCACUAAGAACUUCCAAAAGAUCAACUUUGCUUAUGAGACUCUUCUGAGCAUGACAUCCCCUCAAUUCGGGGAGUUUGAGGAUGACUUGUCAGACAAUCUUGAAGGUUUCGCAGGCGUUAACGGGGACUCGUGGGAAGACUGGGAGGAGUGGAUGGGUUGGGAAGGCGUAGGUACCCGAGACUAUUCGAACCAUAUCAAUUACGCCACAUAGUUGCCCAAAUCAUGCACGAGUUCUUAUGUGACAUAUGAUUUUACGUUGUAUUUUGAUGAACCCUCUCUGCAGUUGCCAAUGACUGAAGAAACGAUGAGUAUGUACACAGCGGCGUUCGUCCCGUGUGGAAGAAGAGUGCAGUAAGCUUGUCCGCGAAUUGCAGUUUAUCUGCUUAGAGGUUGUAUAUUUGAAAAGGAUGCCGUCGAUUGUAAGGAAAAAGGAUGACGUCAUUGUAAGUAUUCAUCGCUCCACUACGCAGCCAAAGGCUUUGUGGGAGAUUAUAAAUCUUAACUUUAUCGGCUCAAGCCAUGUGUUUUUACCACCA